ACCAGACCCCCGCUCAUAUAUUUCAGAAUUUCCUAUUUCUUCAAAAUAGGUUCAAAAAUCUUCUCGUGGAUCGUCGCAUCUCUUGAACAAAGUGAAUCAACGCACCCCUAAUCUCAGCCCUUACGUCACCAACACUUUUCAACACGAAGACAAACCCUUGAGGGUCCAAGACAAUGAUGGAGCUAAUGACCACUACUCCUUUCUAUCACAUCAAUACUACAGAUGCCGCUGAAAACAACAGCUCUUUCUAUGAAGAUGAUGACGAGUAUGACUAUAAGGAUGAGCAUGUUGAGCUGAGACAGUCUCUCAACAUCAUGUCCUUGAUCGUUUACUGCCUGGCCUUUGUUCUCGGUGUGCUCGGGAAUGGAGUGGUUAUCUGGGUGACCGGGUUCAAGAUGAAGAAAACAGUUAACACUGUUUGGUUCCUCAACCUUGCUGUGGCCGACUUCCUCUUCACAGCGUUCCUGCCCCUGAGUGUGACCUACACAGCUCUGGAUUUCCACUGGCCUUUCGGCAAGUUCAUGUGUAAGCUGAACAGCACUGUAAGCUUUCUGAACAUGUUUGCCAGUGUCUACAUUCUGAUGGUGAUCAGCGUGGACAGAUGUGUGUCUGUGGUGUGGCCCGUCUGGGCCCAGAACCACCGAAGUGUACAGAAGGCAUCUGGUGUGAGUCUGGGUGUUUGGGUGCUGGCUCUGAUUCUUAGCGCUCCAUACUUCAUCUUUAGGGACACUGGGCCAUCAUAUAACAAUGAUGACAUCAUCAACUGCUUCAACAACUUUGCUUUUUCUGAUGAUUAUGAAACACCGUCUGUGAAUCAGCUACGUCAGUUUCGACAUCAGGCCAUGACCAUCACCCGCUUUCUCCUGGGAUUUGUUGUCCCCUUCACUGUCAUUGUCUCCUGUUAUGCUGUAAUUAUCCAUCGUCUCAGAAGAAACCGCACCCUGGCCAGCCAGUCAAGUCGCCCCUUUAAGAUCAUCGCUGCUGUUAUCACCACCUUUUUCCUGUGCUGGGCUCCUUAUCACAUCAUGGCUCUAAUUGAGUUGGUAAAUCACAUGGCUUCUAAUGCAAGUGAAACAUUAAACCAUGUCACCACUAUAGGGAUCCCUAUAGCCACCAGCCUGGCCUUUCUCAACAGUUGCCUGAACCCUCUGCUGUAUGUGUUCAUGGGCCAAGAUUUCAAGGAUAAAGUCCGCAAAUCCAUCCUGAAUGUGUUGGAGACUGCCUUCCAGGAGGAGGUCUCUCGCUCUUAUACUUACACAAACUCAAUGGUCACAAGUCGGAGCAAAGAAAAGUCCGUUUCUGAUGCCGAGGUAUAAGGUUGUCCAUGACAGGAAGAAACAAAUACUGAAGCUGUACAUAAAAAACGUAACUGUAUAUAACAAUUAACUUAGCUUUUGUUGUUUUUUUAUUCAAGAACCCUCAGGGUGAUCUGUAAACAUGAUCUCAGAUUGAAGCAUUUAACCUGUUACACUUUGAUAUGAGUUUUAUGAUCGGCUAAUUGAUCAGGUCUAGAAAUAAGUUCUGCCUUUUAACUUCACCUACCUGCAAUGUGGUAGAGCAGACAGAUGGUAAUAUUGUACAGUAAGCUGUAGGUUCAUUUGUGAUGCAUUUGUGGGGUUAAUAAUUUUGAAAUGAUGGAAAGGUGAAAUGUUUUUUGUUGAAAAGUUCAUUUAUAUCGCCCGUCAAUUCAAACCAGAGAACAAAGUGCUUUCCAAGGGGAAAAAAGAAAAACAUGUAUGUGAAAGCAAAGAAAACAAUAAACAAAACAAAUUCCAGUUGUGUAAAGGCCAUACUUGUAGACUAUAUUAAUAUUAAUAAUUAUAAUAGGCAGACACAUCACCUAAAUAACAUAGUAAUAAGGGUAUUAUGACAAAGAAUGUUGUGCCUUUCUUGCCAUUGAAUAUAGUAGGCUGUAAACUAACAUGCAGAAGAGAUAUAAGUGAAUAAAGAAUGUAAUGUGUAAAAUAGUGAUGCUGAACUGCUCCACAAACAGCCUCAAAGCAAGGUAAUUUCCCAGCUUCCCCCUCACACUCAUGUCCACCUAGCCAGUGAUCAUGUUAUUUGUGUAUAUGACAAAAUUAGGCACAUGACAGGAACCAUAGAUGGGUACAUACAAAGUUAAAGUGAAGUUAUACUAGUUAUACUAGGUUUAAUAUGAAUAAUGUCAUAUUUCUUAUGCCGCUUGCCAUGUGACUUUUGACUGCUACAUCUCUACUGCAUGCAUUGAUAAACAACUUAUUUACAUUUGUUAUUAAGCACAAGGAUAUGCUAAUGUAAUCCUAAUCAAUACAUAUGAUAGUCGCUUUGAAACAGUUAUUAUCAAAGUUGCAGAUGCAUUGGACACUUAGCUUAGUUCGACUUUUCAUCAUUGUUAGUUGCUUUUUUGGAGGGGGUGUAUGUCUGUGACCCCCGCCCUCAGUAAAUGCAUGCUGUGCCAUAAAAUUUCAUUUCCUAAGCCCAUUUUCAUGUGCAGUGCACUGGUAGAGUGUGCACAGGUCAGUAGGUAGACAGGGAGGUAGGCCAGCCAAUCAUUUCAUGUCCAUUUUUGUGUCAGAUCAUUUGAUUUAUUGAUUGCUGUUGGGAAAUAAAGUGCUUGAAAUAUAUUAUUUACCCCAGCUCUAAUCAUAUGGGCUAUAAAAAUGUGACAUAUAGUCCUUCUUAAUUUCCCAGAGACUAAGGUGACAUUUUUAAGUCUUUGAGUCUUGUUUUGUCUUACACAGCAUAAAAAAGCCACACAAAAAAGAUAUCCAGUUUACUAUUAAAAAAGACAAGAAAAACACCAAAUAUUCACAUUUUAGAAGCUAGAAGCUAAUGGAAAGGGGGGGGGGGGGGGCAAAGUACAUAAGAAAGGACAAUCAGUUAACUAUUUUUUCCAAUUAAUUUCCUGUCAAUCGACUAUUGGAAUAAAAAAAAGUGAAACUUGUUUAACUUGUUGUAUGCACUGUAUGACUUUGAUAUAUGUUGUAUAUUGUGAGGUAACAUAAACCUCUAUAUUAAAGCUUUAUUCUAAUGUAAACAAUGUCAAUGAUAAUUAGAUUUAGUUGUUGUUGUUGUUGUUGUCUUUUAGGCCUAGUGGCCAACUCUACUAAGUGUUUAUAAAUAAAGAUAACUGUUAUUGUG